UCUGAGGCAGGGGAGGACUCCUCGGACCAUGGCGGGAGGCCUGGUCGGGUGCGAGCUGCGGGCUCGACAGGGCCGCUGCGGGCCUCAGGCUUCCAGGGCCGCAGUUCGGGACGUGGCCGCCGAGGCUGCAGCGCGAAGCCCCAAACCGCCUGCCCAGAGCUGGCGGCGCUUGGAGGCGGCCGGCCAGUGGGCCCUGCUGGCUCUGGUGACGCUGCUGUCCUUCGCCACCCGCUUCCACCGUCUGGACCAGCCGCCGCACAUCUGUUGGGAUGAGACUCACUUUGGAAAAAUGGGAAGUUACUAUAUCAACCGCACCUUUUUCUUUGAUGUGCACCCACCUCUGGGAAAGAUGCUGAUAGGUCUUGCUGGCUACCUGAGCGGAUAUGAUGGUACCUUUUUGUUCCAGAAGCCUGGAGACAAAUAUGAGCAUCACAACUACAUGGGAAUGAGAGGAUUCUGUGCAUUCCUUGGCUCCUGGCUGAUUCCCUUUGCCUACCUCACAGUCUUGGAUCUGUCCAAGUCCCUCCCAGCAGCAUUGCUCACUGCCGCCCUUCUUACCUUUGACACAGGAUGCCUCACCCUAUCCCAGUACAUCCUCCUUGACCCCAUCCUGAUGUUCUUCAUCAUGGCUGCCAUGCUGAGCAUGGUCAAGUACAACUCCUGUGCGGACAGGCCUUUCUCUGCCCCCUGGUGGUUCUGGCUCAGCCUGACUGGCAUCAGUCUUGCUGGUGCUAUAGGGGUCAAGUUUGUUGGCCUCUUUAUCAUCGUGCAUGUGGGAUUGAACACCAUUUCAGACCUUUGGCACCUGUUUGGAGACCUCAGUCUUUCACUGGUAACUGUGGGAAAACACUUGACUGCUCGUAUCCUGUGUCUCAUAGUACUGCCCCUGGUGCUCUAUGUGGCCAUUUUUGCUGUUCAUAUCACUGUGCUGAAUAAAAGUGGUCCUGGUGAUGGCUUCUUCAGUUCUGCCUUCCAGGCCCGGCUCACAGGGAACAACCUUCACAAUGCUUCCAUCCCUGAACACCUGGCCUAUGGCUCUGUGAUCACUGUCAAGAACCUCCGGAUGGCCAUCGGCUACCUGCACUCCCAUAGGCACCUAUACCCUGAGGGCAUCGGAGCCCACCAGCAGCAAGUCACCACCUAUUUGCACAAAGACUACAAUAAUAUGUGGAUUAUCAAGAAACAUAAUACAAACUCAGAUCCACUAGACCCUUCUCUCCCAGUGGAGUUUGUGAGACAUGGAGACAUCAUUCGACUAGAACACAAAGAGACUUCUCGGAAUUUACACAGUCACCGUCAUGAGGCCCCCCUGACCCGGAAGCACUAUCAGGUCACUGGGUAUGGCAUAAAUGGCACAGGAGACUCAAAUGAUUUCUGGCGGAUUGAGGUUGUAAACAGAAAAUUUGGGAACCGGAUCAAAGUGUUGAGAAGUCGAAUUCGCCUUAUCCACCUGGGCACAGGUUGUGUCCUGGGGUCCUCAGGAAAAGUUCUUCCUAAAUGGGGCUGGGAGCAAUUGGAAGUUACUUGCACUCCAUACCUAAAAGAAACCCUCAGCUCCAUCUGGAAUGUGGAGGACCAUAUCAAUCCUAAACUGCCAAACAUCAGCCUGGAAGUGCUGCAGCCCAGUUUUGCCGAGGUCUUGCUGGAGUCGCACAUGAUCAUGAUCCUGGGCCUGCGUUUCUCAGGGACCAAUGACACAGACUUCCGAGUCUACCUACUUGGCAACCCGGUAGUCUGGUGGCUGAAUCUGGUGAGCAUUGCCCUUUACCUCGUCUUGGGGAGCACCAUUGCCAUUGCCAUGCAAAGAGGGGUGCAGCUGCCCAUGGAGCUGGAAGGGCAAAUCCAGAUGUUGCUGCGAGGAGGUGGCCAGAUGCUGCUUGGCUGGAUGCUCCAUUACUUCCCGUUCUUUCUAAUGGGCCGGAUCCUCUACUUCCACCACUACUUCCCAGCCAUGCUCUUCUCCAGCAUGUUGACAGGCAUCCUGUGGGACAGCCUCCUGCGGCUUUGUGCCUGGGGGUUGGCCUCCUCUCCCCUGGCCAGGGGUGUCUACCCCAUGGGAGUGCUGAGCCUGCUUCUGGUAACUGCCUACAGCUUCUACCUCUUCCACCCUCUGGCUUAUGGGAUGGUUGGUCCCCUAGCCCAGGACCCUGAAAGUCCAAUGGCAGGACUAAGGUGGCUGGAAUCAUGGGACUUUUGAGGCCACUGCAAAGGACUGAGGUCUGGUUCCAGGAACUCUCUGAAGAGAGCCAGCUGCAGAACCAAGUCCUGGACCCUGUCAGCUUGAGGUUGCUAUCCAAGGAGCCCAAAGCAUCGGCCAGGACCAAGCUCUAGGGGCAAACGCAGAUUUCACUCAACACUAACAAACUGCAGCUCUGUCUGCAGUACUCACAAAGGACUGUGUCUCUUGCACCCAAUUCUCCAAGUGUGCAAUAUGAGGAAGGAUGAGUGUGGGAGGGAACGUGUGUGCAGUUCCCUGUGGAGUACAAACUGGACAGCCGAGAAGCAUAAAUUCUGAGAAGUCGUCCAGGGCUGUUGUAACAUUUCCUGGUAUUUUUUCACAUUAGAUCUGGCUUGUAAAAUCUGUAAGAAAUUCUCCGACUUCCAAGAGGGUCUCUUGGGCUGAGAGUGCUGGCUCUGUCUCUGCUGAGGGCCCAGCUUGGGAUGGUCCAAGCUACAUUACCCUUCUUCCCAUAAACAAGCAAAUCAGUGGGGAGCAGGCUCCCCAUGACUUUCCCAAAUACCUUCUGUGGAAGCUGAACUUCUUGCCCAUGAUGCACAUAGAACACCAGGCUCUGAGAACGCCUCACCAGCCUGUGGUUGGCUCUGCCUUAGCCCUUGGUUGCUUCUCUAGUACACUGAGGUUGGUGAGGAAACCAUGUUCUAUCCCAUGGCUACACUGUGUUCCCAGGUCCUGUGUGCCAGAGACCAUUUCUGCUAUCCAGACCUUCCUCUGCAUCCAGCCUGGCCAUGAGCACUGAGACAGAUGCAUUCUCCUGCUGGCUGAGAGAACCUCAGUAGCUAAGAGAGAGGAGUCUGAGUGGGGAACCUUAUAUGAGCCGGGAUUCCUGUGAAAUGUCCAGAUGUGGGAUACUUGGCCUGUUAGGGCCAGUAUUCCUAACUCUGCUGGAUAUUUCACAUUUUACUUUCCUAGCUAUCUCCAGAUGACACCCUCUUGAAACUUCAUAGGGUUUUCCCUUUCUUUGUUACUACUUCACCAGUCUUUCUCCCCGAAGACCCUGAGCACCUAGAAACACAUGACAGCUUCUACAGUCUACCCCUUUGAGCUUAGAGCUCAGAGCUGCUGCUACUUCUUCCCCCAGAGGAAUUAAGAAAACUUUGGGGGUCAGAACCAAACUAACCAAGGCCAGCCCUUUAGCCUGCCUGCCUCCUCUCAGUUGAGGACAAAAUGUUUAUUUGAUCUCAGAAGACUUUGAUGCUUCACGGUUUAAUAAUGACUUUGCCACUCUCAUCUUCCCUCCACUGUAGCUCCCAACAACUCUGACAGGGUCACAGCUCUUUAAAGCAUCUUCAGGAGGCGGUUGCCACGGAGACUGGUAAUUGGUCUCAGGGACAGGCUGUGCUACCUACAGAGUGGUGAGGAGGAAAGCUUCUGGGCUGUGUUUGGCUGCUCAGACCAAGCAUCAUUAAUGUUAAUAGAGGAAAUGCAGCUAUGUCAAAAGCAAGGCAGGGCCGUUAAUUAGAUCUGAGGCCCACUGACCUCCCUUUCCCAGGGCUAUAGCCCUUUUGACUUCCCCUAGCAGGAAGCCCAGCCUGUGCCCCGAGUCUGGGCUGCCUGCUUAAUUGCAUUUCUGGCAGGGAUGGAGAAACUCUGUCCUAACUCUCCCUCCCUUUCCUCCCUUCUGCAAGCAGAGCUAGUUUCUGCUGUGCACGAGUAGGGCGCCAUCUGGGUGGGGUUUUUUAGAGGUAAAAUGCAGGGAUUUGCUUGGCUCUUAGCAACGGUGGCCCAUGAUGACAAGCCUGUGUCUUCUUACUUCCAAGAGGAACUUGUUGGAAGAGAGGAGCUGUAUAGGAGCCCAGGGGCAUCCAUCCCCUAAGUGAGGAUGAGGAAGGAGCAAGCUCAGCUAGCUUCCUGUCUACCCUUCUAAUAUGACCAUCUUGGGGACAAAAGUUCCCUUCUUUCUUUCCCUACUUUGCUGGGAUGGAGGAGAGAGACCUCCCACCCACUCCCUCUGCUUCCAUGCCCGAGCUGUUCCCUGGGAACAGAGCUGCCUGGUGUGCUAGCCAUGGCUCAGGUUCUGUUUGGAAGAUGCUGAAAACAAUAGCCAUGGCAAGGGGGAAGGGGACUGCUUCAGGAGUGGGCUGUAGCCUGUAGCCCUUGGGAAUGUGACAUCUCAAACUGCUGUCAGACAGCCCAACCUCCAGCCAGUGUCUUGAGCCACAUUAUAUUUUUUUCUAAGUUGCUGGAGUUACUCAGAGGCCAUUUACUUUUGUAAUAAAUAGCUCUUGUUUUUAAUGCCA